AUGUCAGUUGAACAACAAGAACAGCCAUCGCAAGCCAUUGAAGUUGUCAAUUCUGUUGAAUCAGUUGUUGCUACUACACCAGAUCAACCGGGAGGUGAGGGAAAUGAGGGUAGUGGGAGCAGUAGUGAAGACCAGUCACAAGUGACGCCUGUUUUGGCUACUAAGGGUGGUAGGGAAACUUCUGAUAGGAUUUUGUAUGUUGGGAAUUUGGACAAGGCCAUCAAUGAGGAUACAUUGAAACAGUAUUUCCAGGUGGGGGGUCCUAUUGCUAAUGUGAAGGUUUUAGUUGAUAAGAAUAACGAAGAGGCGAACUAUGCUUUUGUGGAGUACCAUCAGCCUCAUGAUGCCAACGUAGCGUUCCAGACGUUGGACGGUAAACAGAUUGAGGGUAAUGUGAUCAAGAUUAAUUGGGCUUUCCAGUCGCAACAUGUUUCAUCUGAUGAUACUUUUAAUUUGUUUGUUGGUGAUUUGAAUGUUGAUGUUGAUGACGAGACUUUGACUGGUACUUUCAAAGAGUUUCCUUCAUUUAUUCAAGCUCAUGUCAUGUGGGAUAUGCUGUCUGGUAGAUCUAGGGGGUAUGGCUUUGUUUCAUUUUCUGAACAAGAUGUAGCUCAGCAGGCUAUGGAAUCCAAGCAGGGGUUCAUUUUGAAUGGCAGGGCUAUUAGGAUUAACUGGGCUUCUAAACGGGAGCCCCAGCAACACCAGCCACGCCCCCGUUCCAACCGGGGUGGUUUCCGCAACAACAACGGUCCUAGUCACCAACAGUUUAGAGGUAUACCCCAAGGUCAUCCAAUGGGUUCUCCCAACAAUGCUGGACCCAUGGGCAUGGCCCCACAAGGCAUGGCCCCACAAGGCAUUCCUCCACAGGGUCCGGUAGUCCCGCCCCCAGUCAAUCCUCAAGCCGUCGAGGCCAUGAUCAGAAGAGCCCCACAGAGAGUUACCACCGCCUACAUUGGCAACAUCCCUCACUUUGCGCAAGAACCUGACUUGAUCCCAUUGUUACAGAAUUUUGGUUUUAUUAUUGAUUUCAAACAUUACCCAGAAAAGGGCUGCUGCUUUAUUAAAUAUGAUACACACGAACAGGCUGCCGUCUGUAUUGUUGCCUUGGCAAACUUCCCAUUCCAAGGCAGAAACUUGAGAACCGGCUGGGGAAAGGAAAAACCAGCUUUCAUCCCAAAUGGCAUGGUGCCCCCCCCACAACAACUUCUGCAUCCUUCGCAACAGCCAAUUGAUGCACCAGUUCCACAAGAGCAAGAGCAGCAAUAA